UUCCAAUGCUAUUUAGUCCGACGCUUGGCCACCAUCCCCAGAUUUUCCUCCAGUACUCCAGACCAGCAAGCACCUCCUGUUCCAUCCCUCCAGAUUUCCACACAUAUUGCCUACAAUGGGUCUCCUGACAUUGGUCGAAGACCGCCCAACACCGAAGAAUGUAUACAACUGGAGAGUCUACUAUUCAGCGGCGGUUGCUGCCUCCGCCGCCAUGAUGAUAGGCUACGACAGCGCAUUCAUUGGCGGCACUCUUGCCCUAUCUUCAUUCAAGAAAGAAUUCCACUUCGAAGACCUGUCCACAUCGAAGGUCAACCUACUGAGCGCCAACAUCGUGUCUUGUUACCAGGCUGGCGCGUUCUUUGGCGCAUUCUUCGCCUACCCUGCUGGUCACUUCCUCGGCCGCAGAAUCGGCCUCCUCAUAUUCAGCGCCCUCUUCUGUCUUGGUGCUGGGAUUAUGCUUGGCGCCAACGGUGCUCGCGGUCUUGGUCUCAUCUAUGGAGGUCGUGUCCUCGCAGGCAUGGGUGUUGGAGGUGCUUCCAAUCUCUCCCCAAUCUAUUGCUCUGAAAUUGCACCCCCUGCUAUCCGAGGCCGGCUAGUCGGCCUUUACGAACUUUCGUGGCAGAUUGGAGGCCUGGUUGGGUUCUGGAUCAACUAUGGUGUAUCCGAGACCAUGGCGCCCUCACAUCGGCAAUGGCUUAUUCCAUUCGCCAUUCAGCUUGUUCCUGCCGGUCUUCUAUUCGCCGGAGCAUUCAUGAUCAAAGAAUCACCCCGAUGGCUCUUCACACGAGCUCGCCGUGAGCAAGGAAUCAGAAAUCUGUGCUGGCUUCGUCAACUCUCCGUCGACGACGUCUACAUGCAAGAAGAGAUCAUGGCUAUCGAUAAUGCCAUCGAGCACCAGCGGACCACGAUCGGUUUGGGAUUCUGGCGACCAUUCGCAGCCGUCGUCAACAGUCGACAGGUUACAUAUCGCUUCCUCCUCGGUGGAUCGCUUUUCUUGUGGCAGAAUGCAACAGGUAUCAAUGCUAUCAAUUACUACAGUCCCACGGUGUUCAAAUCCAUCGGUAUUACGGGCACAAACACUUCCUUGUUGACGACCGGCAUUUUCGGCGUGAUCAAAACAAUCGUUACCAUCAUCUGGCUUUUCUUCCUGAUCGAUAAGCUCGGACGACGCAAGCUGCUCAUGAUCGGCGGUGUUUCUGGCUCUUUGUGCAUGUGGUACAUCGGUGGCUACAUUGCUAUCGCUAAGCCAUGGCUGGCUCCGAAAACAGGCGGCUCGCUCUCUAAAGGAGGCAUCAGCGCCAUGGUCUUCUUCUACCUAUGGACUGCUUCAUACACACCCACAUGGAACGGCACUCCUUGGGUCCUCAACUCCGAGAUGUUUGACCAGAGUGUCCGCACACUCGCUCAAGCUUUUGCAGCGGCGAACAAUUGGCUCUGGAACUUCAUUAUCGCCAGAUUCACCCCUCAGAUGUUCGCCACCAUGUCAUAUGGCGUAUACUUCUUCUUUGCCUCUCUCAUGCUCUGUGCCGUGGUAUUCUCUUAUUUCUUGAUUCCUGAGACCAAGGGUAUCCCGCUUGAAGCGAUGGAUCGGCUGUUCAGCAACGAGCACCCUGCAAGGAAGGCACAUAAGAUUGUCCUUGCUGAGCUUCGUGUUGAGGACCAGGAUUUCAGACGACAGAGUGUGGCGAUGGAGAAGCCCGGCGUGGAACAAUUGGAGGACAACAACACUGAGUCGAGUCGUUUUGAGAAAGUGUAGAAAUGGAUAUACCGUGUUCGGAGCGGAAGCUCUGACUGAAAGUGGAAAGAUUGGGAAGAAUGUCUUACGUAUGCAUGCAGCAUAGAUAGUCAUGACCAGACUAUGA